GGCAGGCUAAUUCACCUGUUUUUACUGUGUGUGCAUGUGUGUGUCAAUGUGUGCAUGUGUGUGUCUCACUCUUUUUACGGCAAGGAGGGGUCAUUACACAUUACAUUAUACAAAGAUACACCUGAUCUAGCAUGCUACAGCCAGCAUGACAGCUCAGGGAAAACACAUAGUUUGAGAGUGCGAGAGAGAGAAAGUAAGGGAUAAGAGGUGAGAACACGUGGCAAGAAAGAGGAGUAUCGAGAAAAGUAGGAAGAAGAUAAACAUCAAGACUGUAAGAAAUGAAAUAAAGGAAGUCUUGUCCAUCUAUGCCUCUAGUCCAUCUCUUUCUCUUCCCCAGGAUUAGGACUAUUUGGUCAUCGCAAUGGCCCACAACCAAAGCAUUCCCCUUCGCCUCCCGUCCAACUUCUCCCUCCCCCAAAUCAUCCCUCCAUCCCUCACAAACCCCUCCUCAUCCCUCUAUCCGUUCUCCUCCUCUACAUCCCCCUCCCUGUUCCUGUCCACCUCCAUCCACAUCCUGAACACCACCAACACAUCUGUUUCCGGGGAAAACAGAAGCAUUGUGGGUAAUACCACCUCCAUGACAGUAGGGGCUCUCAUCCUGUGUCUGGUCUUGCUGCUGGGCCUCCCCGGCAACCUCUUCAUCAUCUGGAGUAUCCUGGCGCGUGCCCGCCGCCGCUCCGUCACCACCCUCCUCAUCCUCAAUCUAGCGGUGGCCGACGGCUCGCUCAUGGCGCUCACGCCCUUCUUCGUGAUCUACCUGGUCAAGAAGACCUGGAUUUUCGGCAACAUCAUGUGCAAGAUACUCUUUUACUUGUGCCUAGCCAACAUGUACGCCUCCAUCCAACUGAUCAUGCUGAUGAGCCUGCACAGGCUGGUGGCCGUGGUGUGGCCUAAGCGCGUCGCUGCACUUGCUGGACGGAAGGCGGUACUGCGCGGGGUGCUGGUACUGUGGACCAUGGUGCUGGUCGCGUCCAUCCCUGCGUUGCUGUUCAGGGACGAGCGGAAGACCGUGCACCUCAACGGGAAGAGCCGCGUAGUGUGUGAGUCGUUGCACAAGCAGCAGAGUCAUGUGGUGCUCCAGUACAUGUUGGAAACAGUGCUGGGAUUUGUAGUUCCUUACGGGGUGAUUAUAGGCAGCUACAUCUGCAUCCUGCGGCGGAUCAGGCAGACAAGGUUCAGGAGGAGGAUCCGCAGUGAGAAUCUCAUCCUGGCCAUCGUGGUAACCUUCGGUGUCUUUUGGUUGCCCUACCAUGUCAUCAACAUUGUGCAGGUUGCUGCAGCCCUUUCUCCAAAUGAUUCAGCUCUAAAAGCAAGGCUUGACUCUAUUUGGCAGACCAGCCGUGCGGUCACCUCAGCCCUGGCCUUCAUCAGCAGCUGUGCCAACCCUGUCCUCUACACUUUUGUUGGCAAGUCCUACAUCAGGCGGGACGGCUUUGCCUUCAUGGCCCGCUUGUUCGAGGGCACGGCGCAGGACUCUGGGACAAGGAAGAGCCGACAGAACAGCCAGAAUAGCCGAGAGAGAGACGGGGAUGCCAAGGAGGUCGGACUGAAGGAAAAGGAGGGAGACGUAGAGUCGACAACCAGCUCCAAUGUCAUGAGUCCCAUCUGUGUGAAACCUGAUAAGAAUGGCAAGCCGGGCCCGAUUCCGACUUAGGAAAUGAUGCCUUUCUUUUGCAUACCUUUCCUACACAUUUCUCAGUAGUUGGUAUUCACACUUACCUUAUGAAGGUGAGUAACGGGCUUCGCUAGAGUGGUUCCCUUACCUGCGCUGAAGAUAUGUCAUUCACCUGCUGAAAACCCCUCUCACUUACUGGCCAACAGAUUUUCUCGUAGAGUUUUCAUUCAAUAGGGUUUUCAGUACAUUUAUUUAGCCAUCCCUUUAAAUAUGGUGUACCUUUUAGUUUGAAUUUUGUUAACAGACUCAAUACAAUAUAUUGAGAGAAUCGGUUCAGAAUAUUAGGAAUCAAUUAAAGAAAGCCAUCUAAAUAUAUAUAUGCAUACUCAUCUCAGUUUCAGCACCAAUUGGUAGAUUUUAAAAUACUCUGAUCUUUUAGAUUAUUUAGGGUUUGGAAAUUAUUUGUGAAUCAUAAAAAAAGGUUUGGAGGAAGAACAUGGCUUUGAUUCAUUCAGAAAAUUGCCACGUUCAGAUCUUUAACUCAUGGUAAUUUUGGAUGAUUAGUGAACAAAGAAUUAUAAUAGGGAGAAUAGUGUGCAAUAGUAGGCUAUACUCUCAUCUAUUGCCUGCACUAACCAUGGAACUGUGUGAUGACACAUCCAAGUAUUGCACCAUGCGUUGUGUUCAAACUGUUACGUUUGGUCUGUGCUCCUCUCCAUAACGAUUGAAUUAGCUAUGUCUUUAAAAAAAAAAUAUAUAUAUAUAUAUAUACUGCUCAAAAAAUAAAGGGAACACUAAAAUAACACAUCCUAGAUCUGAAUGAAUGAAAUAAUCUUAUUAAAUACUUUUUUCUUUACAUAGUUGAAUGUGCUGACAACAAAAUCACACAAAAAUAAUCAAUGGAAAUCCAAUUUAUCAACCCAUGGAGGUCUGGAUUUGGAGUCACA